AUGAAGUUGACAAUCGUUUCUUCUAUCCUCCUUGCCUACCUCUGCACAGCUAUCAGUGUAUCCGCGUACCCAGUACGCAGAUCCGAAUCCUCAGAUGCACUGGUCCACUCUGCACGCGAUAUCGCUUCUCUAGAAACCGUACAACUUGAGGCACGCGCGUUUGACUCAAGAAUGGUUGAGCGUGGGCUUUGGGAGGUUGUAAAGGCCAUCCGCAAAGGCGAUACCCCCGAGCAAAAAGCGCACCGAAAAGAGUACAAGGCCUCCGUCGCUGAAUCGAAACGCCUCCAAAAAGCCGCUGGAAAAGUCAUAUCGGCACAAGCCAAACAAGAGAUGGGCGCUAAGGACUGGAAGAAGGGCAAUAUCGCCAUGACAUGGCAGAGUUAUAAAGGGUCUGGUGGAGAGUAUGAGAGGAAGGCGAAAAAACAUUUAGAGGACCUCGUGAGGAAGGAUUGGAAGAGUAAAGGGAACCAACAAAAUAUGAGGCAUGCGGAUUUGAGCAUCGAAGUCCUCAAAUCCGGCAGAAUUAUGGGCCAGGUGCGCUACAACAACGGGCCCAACCAGAUCCCACAGUCAUCCAACACCUUCCUCUGGGACCCCUAG